CAAAUGCCACAUAAAAAUGGGGAAAUUUAGUUUUUGACGAGAAACUUUAAUAAAUACAGCUGUGAAUAUGAAGAAUGUGUUUAUAUGUGAGGGAUAUAAAGUAGAUGUGACUGACUGAAUUAUAGCAUUUAACUCAAACACUACUCAGCUAAGACCACUCGAGUGGUCCAUGCAAAUGGGAUUAUUAUCAUUUUUCUUCUAAUUUUUGGUUACUUUACAUUGUUGAUAUAUUAUUUUGUUAUGAGAGCAUCCUAGGUUGGAAAUGAAUUAAAAUACAAGACAUAUAAGGAGUGUUCAUGUGAUUUUCCUUAUUCAUGGUAGUGUAAAAUUAGUCAAUGCUAGUGAUGCACGAUAACAAUGGAGAAGGCUGCUACCACGAGUAAACGACCGGCUAGCUCUACACAGACACUGACACAAACUCUGUGAAAAUAUAAAAAAACUAAGAGAGUUUUAUCUGCUGAAGCCCGUCAAGCUAAAAGAGAGUGUGACUGACGUAGGGGGAAAUCGAGGAUAAAUAUUGGUGGAGCAUUUGAGAAAUGGAGGGAGCUUCGCUCGGCGCUUGGGAUAAAUACCGAUCCAGAGAUGGCUGUCUUUCUGCUGAAAAGGUAAGGCAUCACUCCGGACCAUGAAAUACAAUGUAGUGUUUUGUGUUGUAUAAACCAUUAUGCUACGUCAUGUUAGCUUGCUUACGAAGAUGCUAUCCAAACAACGAGAAUGACACGUUGCUCAUUUAGUGUUUUCCAGAUAAUAUUGCAUCUUUUUCUUGCUUCCUGGCACUGGACUCAACGUACUGAGUUUAUUUUUUGGUACUUAGUUCGUAAAAUAUCUUCACUUAUGAUAGCAAUUUUAGCUAACUGAUAUCCGUGAUCAAGGCACCAUUUCAGAGCUAAGCAAUGUUUGCCAUGUUGCUUCUGCUCUAAAACGUGCCCCAUAUAAUACACAUUGACAAUGUAAUGCAGCUUUAUAGUGUGUAAAAAAUACACAAUCCCAUCAACUUGCAGCGGCACAAAGUACGAUGUAGGCCCCAGUUUGCUUUUGGAGGAAUUUUCUGAAAAUGUAGUGUGUGAGCUGCUUUCAUGUCAAUUUAUUCAGUAACAUGAGGUUUACAGAUCAAAUCAGAUAAAAAUUCAUAGUAAUACUACUCUAAUUAUGAUAGCAAUUUCAUUACAGAUAUUCUAAAUAUGAUUGAAUAUUUUCCCAGCUACAUAAGAGACAUCAACAGAGGAAAGUCGAGGACCAGCAACAUCUACACCUAUCAAGAAGACAGGAUUACCACACCAUCUUGCUUCAAUAACCGGAAACAAGUCUGAUAGGAUUCAGUUCCAAUGCACAAAUACUAUGCACAUAUUCCAUGUAUGUUUCAACUCAGCAGCACAUGAAAUGUCUUUAAUUUGCUCAUGAUAUUACAUCUAGCUAGACUAUGUGUCUGUCCAAGCUUCACACUUACAGGGUUUUUUUUAUAACAAAAUAAUGUCGACGGGGGAAUUCCUUGUGAGAGGUGUGAGUCCACUGCCUGAGGACAUAGCUGAUCAAAUCCAUUAAACAUCUGGAAGAGGAUGUCAUAGUGGAUGAAAAUCUAGCUAACAGCUUAGAGAACACAGUGAUUGACUUGGAGACAAACUACCGUCGGACCUGUCUGACAUUGACUGUGCCCCACCUAUAAGUUCCUCUGGACUUUUGCAGAAAUCUAUUGACAGACUCCCCAUUAUUGGACUGGAGGAGGCUGUAAUAGAUAUCUAUGACCGUGAAGAGGUACCAGCCUCUGAGUAAGCAGAAUCUGAAGAAUCAGAUCAACCAGCACAUGGCAUAUCCUCCUUCCUUGGCCCAGAAAAAGUAGCUGUUGAGCGUGACCUCAUUGACCAGACGGUUUGUACUGCAUACAAGAGCUGCCUUCUCCAACUCAUCACCUUCCUACAGCUACCCAUCACAAAAUGUAAUUACGGCGACCAAAUUACAGGCAAAGAAUGUGAUAGUGAACCGCCAUUCAGAGUCCAAUUGCGUUCACAGGGUACUGCAACUGUUGCAGACUGGUUUUGCACACAUGGACACAGACUGUGGAGCUGGAACAGCCAGCCUUUACUGAAGUAUGGCAUGCAAGGAGGGGACUUUAUGCUGUCUGCUAACAUACUGUUGUUGGGCAAUAAUCAGACAAAGGUUGCCCUCCUCUUCCAGUACAUGAAUAUGGGCAUAGUGACACCUUCAAUGUUUUAUUCAAUCCAGGGCAUGUAUUGUGUGGAUGCAGUGAAGGAGUUUUGGAAGAGAAGAGAGCAGACAUAAUUGAGAAACUUCAAACAAAAGACAUGGUUGUUGCACUUGCUGAUGGAAGGAUGGACUCCCCAGGCCACUCAUCCCAGUACUGUACAUACACAACAAUGGAGCUUGAUACCAUGGAUAUCAUCAGUGUUGUAACAGUUGACAAGAGGCAAACAGAUAGAAAGAGCGUGGCCAUGGAGAAGUUUGCAUUUAUACAAACAUUUGACCGGUUCAUGGAGGAGAUCAAAAUCAAAGAGACUGUUACAGAUGCACAUGUGCAGAUUGCAGCCUUAAUGGAUCCACAGAAGGGGAGAUACAAGGACUAUGGUGUAAUCCAUUCAUUGAACAUCUGGCAUGCGGCAAAGAGUCUCGCUAAGAGACUUCAUGCGGCUGGGAUGAUAUCUGGCCAGUCUGCCAUCCUUGUUUGGCUAAAAGACAUUGUUAACCACUUUUGGUUUGUUUGCCAGAAAGCCAAAGACCGGGAUGAGUUCAUGGGCAUUUGGCAUGGUGUGUUGCAGCAUGUAAGAGGUCGGCAUGAAUGGUCCUAUGUCAGAUGCCUGCAUGGACCACUGGAUGUUGGACAACUUCAAAAGGAGUAUAUGACAUCCAAAUCUGCAGCACAUGUUGCCCUCUCACACAUUGUGCUGAACAAACGGUGGCUUAAGAAUGUUGAGAAGUGGCUGACCUUUCGGUCAACAUCUGAUUUGGAGUCAUUCCAAAAUCACAUCCUCAUGUAUGCUGGCAAACGGUAUGCCUUUUCCCCUCCGGUAUAUGAAGCCAGAACUCUCCUUGCUGCACUUGACUACAAUCAUCAUAUCCACCGGCCAGUGCAUGUUAACAAGAGAGGCGAAGUUUCGCAAAAAAAGAGUACACAACAAGAAGUCUAAACGCUACCGUGUGCAGACUGUAAAGACGGCCAAAGACUACAGUUAUAUACCGGAGCUGCAGUCCAAAAUCUUGGCAAGACAGCUGCAGUCUGCAGGGGGACUCAGAAGAAGGAGGAGUCAGAGGCCUGAUGACCCCUGUGCUCUAGGACUUCUACCAGGCAUCAUUCCACCAUCAACCGCUGAACUUAUCAGCUCUCAGAUUCACAGAGGACAGGAAAUGACUUCAGCAAUGUAACAAGGGGUAAAAAAAGGCAGUGGUUCAAAGCAGCAAAUGUUUAUUGAAAGUAAUUUUGAAUCCACCCAUGUAAAAAAAAUAACAUGCAUGUAAAAACUGCUGUACAUAAAUAUUGAAAAAAAGACAUUUA